AUGAGUUGUCAGCACACGUCUUAUCGCCGAUCACUUUGUGUGCUCCAAGCCUUAGCUGCAUGGCUGUUAGCAGUUUGGACAAGGGCUGGCGCUUCGAGGUCCAACGUGUUUUUCGUCGCUUCGCGAUCUCCUCCUUCUGUUGAUCGACAAGCUUUGAAUGCAGUUGUGGAACAACCCAUCGUCCCGGAUGAACUUGCUGCCAGAGGAUCCUAUCUUGGUGAGCAGAACGCUGAAUACGACUACCAGGAUUACUUGAAUAACACACUUCGUAAUCAGCGAGAAAGCGGAGAGGAAGAUGAUACCGAAGUCGACCAGGGUGACAGUGAAGUCAGCGAAGAGAGGGAACAAAUUCAGGAUGUUCUGCUUAGGAAUCAUUCACAAAAGGGCACUAGGAAUGGAGAUCGCGGCAUUUUUAUUGGUGAAAACCGCGAAGGACUUAAGGAAGUGAAACCCGAUCAAAAGCGUCUUGCUCCUGUUGUUGUAAUCAACAGUGCGUUCAAUAACCGGAAAACCUUCGCAUGCCCUAAGAUCAAAAGUGACCUGAAAACUGGCACAUCAAUUGGGGAUCUAAGCCCAGAAGAUAUAGCUAUCAUAGCUUCCAUGGGUGACGCUCUCGCGACUGGGCUGGGGCUAUGGCCGAAGACGACCAUUGAAUUUCGCGGAGCUGCUUUCCCAAGCGGGGGUGACGCGACUAUUGAUGGACUUGUCACUAUUCCAAAUAUUCUUCGCGAGUUUAACAACCAUUUGAUCGGGGUUUCUCAUGGGAUGGGGACUAGAGAUCAACUUCCCGAGACACAACUCAGCGUUGCUGAGAGUGGUGCUACCACCGAUAAAAUGCCAGAGCAGGCGAAGGAACUUGUACGACGUCUGAGAAAACUAGUAGAAGUCGACUACACUAAGCACUGGAUAAUGGUAAUUGUUACCAUUGGCACAGAAGAGGUGUGCUCCCGAUGCACUUCACCAAACAUCACAGCACUCAUGGAUGCAAUAGAUAUUCUCCAAACUCAUCUUCCCCGUGCUUUUAUCGUACUCCUUGGGCCCAUCCAUGUGUCAUUUCCUCACAAACUCAAAGGAAAUUUGCUGAAAUCACGAUGUGAAUGUUCGAGAGAGGCUUCGAAUACGCUUAUGGAACAGCUGAGCGCGGAUUGGAAAAGAGCAUUUGAGGAGCUUCAGGAGCAUGUCGACAAGAGUCCCUUCAGGGUUCCUACCUUUGGUGUUUUGGCAAUUCCAGAACUUACAAUCACUUCACGUUAUCCAUACGGGUUGUUUAUUCCAAACAAACCAUUGCUAAAUAGGAGAGGACAUAACUACGCGACUAAGUGGCUUUGGAAUCGCUUGAUAGCCGGAGAAAACUACAAUCUAUCGGCUGCGGUUUUGUCGCAGGAUGCAUACUUUUGUCCUUCGAUUGGUUGUCCAUAUUUCCGAAAUACGGCAAAUGCUCAUGGUUGCCAACUGUUAAGUCUCAGUGAAGCCAAAGAGAAAGAACUGCUUCUGGGUGUUGAUGGGAAAGUGCUUAAAAAGCGUCGGAGAACUCCAGAGCGUUUAUACACCAUUGCAAUUAGCAUUGUUGGUAUAGCAGUCUUUGUUGUCUGCACUCUCGGAACCGUUUUCUACCAGAAAAGCAAACAGGGGAGUCGCGGUCGUUUCGAAAUAAGAAACGAAGCGCAAAAGAAGUUUGAAGAAGCUCAAAAGGAGGAGGAGAAAGCGCUUCUAACGAGACAAAUGACAAGGGGAAUGUCGAUGAACGAUGGCGUUCAAAAGAUCGGAAGAAAGCCGACUGCAGAGGACGCGUAA